AUGCAUUGGAGUAGUUGGGCGAUUGCGCUCAACGUCAUAGUUCUGUGUAUAGCCGACGAGGCUCCAGAAGGAUUUCCAGAGGAUCAUGUCGAUUUGGUGUUCCCUGGGAAAAUGAAAUACGACAGUCAUCUCCGUCAACAUGACUUGCCACCCCAUUUCAUCGGUGUCAAUGAAACUAACUUGAUUCCGUUGACACUUCGAAUGGAAACGAGAAGAAAGAGAUGUUCUUGUGGAUGCUCUGGGUGUGAUCUCUUCCCAAAUAGAUCGUGUUGCUCUAGCUCCUGCUGUUCAUCCCAAAAACCCAUUCCACUUGCUUGCUGUCCUCCACCGCCACCUCCAAAACCAUGUUGCCAACCAGCGUUCGGUCCAUGUUGCCCAGCAACUCCAAACUGUUGUCCUAAACCAUGUUGCCGUGGUCGUCGUCCAGAAUAUGAAGAAUAUGAAGACGAAGAAGGCAAUCCAGGAGGUGUCCCAGCUCCACCAAAUCCUCCAAGAACUUGCUGUCCACCACCGACUCCAGCAGCUCCUCCACCGCCUCCACCUCCGCCACCACCAGCCCCAGAAGCCCCAACUCAAUGCUGUCCAAGUUCUCCAUACGGAAGAACUCCAUGUAGAUCCGGAUGUCCAAAUGGAGACUGCGGAUGUGGAAGACCGUGCUGUUACUAUCAAAAUCCAACGUGCUGUAAUCAAGGGCAGAAGGCUUGUUGUCCCCCAGAACAACCAUGUUGUCCAGAGCUUAAAUUGGAUACUGGAUGUCUCUCCAUGAUACCACCAUGUCUUCGUUCCUGUCCAUCAUGUCCAUGUAGGAAAAGAUUGAUGUUGGGAAAGAGAACGAAGAGAGCUGCUCCAGGUCUUCAUUGUCAACCACUCGGACUCCUCGGUCAGCAAUCCCCACCUACUCUCGUUUCUCAACCUACCAAGACAAUUGUCAAGUCACGUGUCAAGGCCGCCGGCACGAAGACAUCUACAGUAACUGCCACAAAGAAGCUCAUCGAACAAUCUUCUGAUCACGUUGAAUCCCCACCAACUGCAGGACGUCUCUAUGAUUUCCGUCGUGCUCAUGUUAGAGUAAAACGUAAUUUGGGAGGAGAAGGAGGAUGUCAAUUAUGUCUGAAUGGAACUCCACUCAAAAGAACAAAAAGAUCAUUCGAUUGUGUUCCAUGUACAUAUUUGCAACCACAGUACUCUGACUGGAAUCCAUUCUUGGGAGAUCAAAGACCAAGGGGAUCACAAUCACCAGUAGGAACACCAAUUGCUGGGCACAGAACCAAGAGAGCUGGGUGUCUCCCACAUCCACAGUGUACCGUCCAUGUUCGUCGUUACAAGCGUAAUCUCAUCGGAUCUCAGUACUGUGAGCCUUGCAAUGGUCACUACGGACGUAAGAAGAGAGAAGCUGAAAGAGAUCAAUGCUUGAGAAGAGAAAAGAGAUAUGCUGAUGAACAAUGUGAUAAUGAUGAGUUCUCAGUAAAUGAGAGAAGUAAGAGACAAGCAUACAAUCCGAAGGGAAUUCUUGAUAUUGUGAAACUUCUUUCGAAAGCGUCUUCUGGAGGAAACAAUCCAGGAGGAUGUAUGAAAUUUCCAGCAUGUGUAUUGGCUCAGAAGAAGAGAAGAAAGAGAAAUGCAGAUAGACUUGAUAAGUACUAUCAGGCAGUUGAGGAGCAUAAGAAGCAAGUUGAAGAGUAUGAGAAGGCAUUGGAAGAACACAAAAGAGUCAAGAGACAGUUCUUCGCUCCGGAUAACUCGGCUGCUUGUGUUCCAUGCCCUGCUUGGGUUACUCUGGCAUUGGCAAGCAGAAAGAAAAGAGAUGUUGAUGGAAAGGAAGUUGAUGAUCAUGAGGAUAAAAAACAGAUGACUAUCAGUGAAGCAAUUGCUGAUAUUCGAUCAAAGAAGGGAUACAAAGAAGGAUUUGAUGCUGAUGAUGACGAUUCUUCUGAAGAAACCAUCGAAACUCGUCGUAAACAACGCCGUUCAUGCCAACAAUCCGACGAUUGCUUAAACAAUGUUGAAUACGCUGUAUUCCAGAAGGUUUAUGCUGAGAAACGAACGAAGAGAGAAGCAGUAUUCCGAAGAAAGAAGUGCAGUCGAUGCGGAGUCAGUGGACUAACUCCACAUCGUGUCAAGAGGAAUUUCGGACAGCCGAACAUCAAUGUUUCAGAACAGAAUUGUAUGGCAUUCCCACAAUGUCGACAUAGAGUGAAGCGUAACUUUUUGGGAGAAGAUUGUAAUAUUUGUACACAAGACACAGGGCUCAAAAGACGAAAGAGAAAUAUGGGAACUGCGCAAUGCUACCCAUGCCCAGGAACCCGUGCUUAA